AUGUUUAAAUCUUCAAUGAUAGAAAAAGAAAAGGAUCUAAAAUGCGCUAAUAAACACAAAUUGCCUAUUCUAAUGGUUGUUCUGGAUCCAAAAUUAGAAUUAAAUUAGCGUCUUUUAUGCUCAGAUUGUAUAAAAAAUUUUACAACUCAAUUUUCUACAAUGGGUUAUGAACUAGUGACUAAACAGAUUAAACAAAAUUAGAAGUAGAAAGUAUAAACCAUCGAGAAGACUAUUUAAUUAAAUAUUAAGUAAGUAGAGGAGUUAUUAGGAAAUAUUAAUAAAUUAAAGUCAACAAUAGCGUUUUAAUUAGAUGAAAUAAUUGGAUUCAGUGGGGGAUGGAUUAAAAAUUUGUUAUCUGUUGGACAUGAGUAUUCUCAAUACAGUUUUCAUAAGGAAUUAGAAAAUUUAAUUUCUAAAUAAAUGGAGAAUUAAAAUGAUAAAUCAUUAUUAGUAGAUGAAAUCAAUAAAGUUAAUAGUUUUUGGAAUGUAAAAAUAAAUGAAAAAUUGGAAUAAUUUAGCUCCUUUAAAGUGUAUUAGAAGUGCUAAGAAAUAUUGUAGAACUUAAGUUAAACUAUUCAAGUUAAACAAGAAGAGGUUUAAUAAUAAAAAGUAUCCUAAUAAAAUAAUUAAUAAUCUUAAGUUGACCAAAUUCAUGAGUCUAAAUCAACUGCUAAUUAAUUGCUAUCAGAACCUUUGAUUAACCUGUAGUUGAUAGAUGAUACAAUAAAACAAAAGAGUAAAUGUUAUGCAAUAGCUUUCAACAAAACUGGAACUAAAAUGGUAUCCAUGAGUCAUUUUGAUAUUAAAGUGUGGAAUAUAAUUGAUGGCAAACUCAAUUAUUAAUCUACUUUACAAGGACAUUCUAAUUACAUCUAUUGUCUAUUAUAUAGUAAAAAGCAAGAUAGUUUUAUCUCAAGUUCGAAUGAUAAAACAAUUAUUUGUUGGAAAUAAAUCAGAUAAAAUGAAUGGAAGGCAUCAUAACAUUAUAGAGAACAUAAAGGAUGGAUUGGAACCAUGAUUCUUAAUAAUUAAGAAAACUAAUUAUUUUCUGCAGGUGAAGAUUAAAAAAUCGUAGUGUGGAAAGUGGAUUUCAAUCAGAAUGAAUUAACCUGUCUGUAUCAGCUAGAAAAACAUACUAAAUGUGUUCGUGCCAUAAGUUUGAAUGAAUGUGAGAAUAUUUUGGUUUCAAGUGGAGAUGAUUAAUAAAUAAUAGUUUGGGAAUUCGGCUAAGGCGAUAAGUUUUAUUUUAAGUAAGUGUUUACCUAAGUUUUGAAUUGUUCAGGUUGUCACAUCAAAUUUAUCAAAAAUAAUAAAUUCAUUUGGAUGCCUUAUAGUAAAGAAUUAAAUUGUAUUUGCGUAUUUGAUUACAAAGAUGGCAUAUUUAAUGAAAACAUCGAUAAUAGAAUUCAAUUACUCAAUUCUAAUAAGAAUAUUGGAUGUGCUCUAUUCCCCAUAGUGUAUUUGAAAGACAACAAUUUAAUAUUUAUCAGAUCUAAAAAUAUCAUAUAUAUCAUAAAGGAAAUUAAUGGAAAGCUUGUCAUUCAAAACGAAUUAGAUUGUAGCACAAAGUGGACCUUUGGAACUGCCACAGAUGAUGGAAAAUAUUUAAUCUUUUGGGAUGAACAUAAAGGAGGCUAUUCAACAUAUGAAUUAUAAUAUAAAUGA